UCAAUGACUACCUACCUAAUUAUGUACUAGGGGUACCAUAUUAUUAUUUUAUUAUUUGAUAUAGAUUAUUACUCUUGUUCAAUGGUCAGACUCCCUCUAAUCUAUAACGCAGACUUGGACUUUUGUCAGGUUCUAUGAUAUCAGGUGAUCAACACAGCGUCAUUGUGAACAUAACAAGCUCAUUUCAACUUUCCUCUCUUCCCCUCUCAGGGCAUCCAAAGAUCAUCAGUUUCGGCUUUACCGUCUCUCACAGUACGCCUUACUGAUCCUGUCACUUCGAAGCCACAUCAUGUCGCAAGAUACUUCUUCCCGCUGUCGGCUUCCAGACGAUGUUAUGGUUCCUUUCGAUGAAAGCAUCCAAGGCACCCCAUGGGCCACCUAUCUUUAUGCGACACUGGUUGAGGGCCGUAACUAUGAGGAGCCGGAAGUUCAGGAAUUAGGAAGAAAAGCAAUGGAAUGGGGGACACUACCUCUGAAAACGGCUCCAGCAGGAAAAUGGCCCGCUACUCAUAAGGAGAGAAUCCUCUUUCUGGAAUCAAUCCGUCACGAUCUGUUUUUCGCGCCUAGUUUCAAUGAGAUCAAUGCUGCCAUUGAAUGGCAUAGGACGUUCCCAGAAGAAGACUUGUGUUCAAAUGAGCUGGUCAUUUUUCAGAAGGGUAGAAAAGUCGAUACGUGGGACUGGAAGGAACCUACCUACUGGCAAGAAGGUACAGCUUAUGCCCUUAUGAACAGCGCAACGGGCCCGGCAGGAAACCCCGGGUUUCAGCAGCGGUUGGUUUAUCAGCCACAGAGAAUGAGUGAUCCAACGCCAUCGGCACUGUACACGAAAACUGGCAGCAGCAUGUUUCAGGUAACUAAAAAUCAUGGCCCUCGAAAAGAUUAUUACUCUUGUUCAAGAGUCAGACUCCCUCUGAUCUAUAACGCGGACUAGGGCUUCUAUCAGGUUCUAUAUCAGGCGAUCUGAUCAUAACAAGCUCAUUUCAUCUGUCCUCUCUCUCAGCUUAACUGAUUAAUUAGGUAUGCCACAAGCCUUUGGGCAAGAUUUUCUUUACUUCUAAGGUUGCACUUUAUGUAUAUAAUUACAUACCUUAGCACGUCCCUAUACCCCAUGGGAGGCCACCAGGGCCACAUACUUCACCUCUAUUCCGCUGGACGUUAAUGGAUACCACUCACACAUUCCCCCAUUCACCCCUGUCAUUGCUAUCCAGAGAUUAUUCACCUUCGGAGCCGCAUUAUAUAGCAGGAAAUUUCUUCCCGCCAUUGGCUUCCAGGCAAUGUCAAUUAUAAUUCCUCUUGAUGAAAGCAUCCGAGAUACCCAUGGGCCAUCUCUCUUUAUAUAUGAAGACUAUAACGAAGAAGAGCCAGAAGUUCUGGAAUUAGUAGAGCAUCCUGCUUCUGCAAGGAAUCCAU